UUUAUUGGGAUUUGUAUAGCUUUUUACUGUCUCUUCACCUGCCCUAUGCAGAGAAGAUAGUUGUGCUUUUUCCCUAAAAUACAUAAUGUAGGAUACAUUUCUUAUGCGUAAGUAGCUCUUUCUUCACGUUUGAUGCUGCUUGCAGGUAAAAGGGCCCUUGAAGACUGCUGAGAGUGAGAGACUGAUGAGUGCUGCUGGGAAAAAUACAACAUCUGCAAGCUCUUUGAAUUUGAAAGCCACACAGCAGUAUGACAUCCCUGAUCAGCAGCCCCUCAGAACUGUAAUGGAGGGAAAGGACAGUUUUUUAAUAUCCUCCCGCAGCAUGCUCAGCAAUAUCAAUGAAGCUGAAGUUGAAAAAGUAUUUGCAAGAAGGAUGGAUAACUGUGGAGAGUUCCAUAAGAAGGACGAUCAUGUAUCGGAAAGCACGAAGGAAUGCAGAACUGAAUUGCAGAUGCUUCAGGACGAUCCAGGUACAACAGAGAUAACUACCUGUUCUGAAGUUAAACACAGUGCUGUGACUUAUGAUACUUCAGACCGAGGUCCCCAGGAAUGCAAACCCAAAACAGCACUAAGUGAAGGAGAUUUCAGCCAAGUGGUUCACAGUGCUGAAGAUACUGGGUGCUCACCUAGUGAUCUUAUGUCGCUGUCAUCAAAUACUGAAUGUGAUAACAACAUAAAGCACCCAGGCAUCUCAGAACACCCCCAAACAGACCCAAACAAUACAGAGGAAGCCCCUAUGCAUGACUAUAAAUACCUACAGGUGCAAAAUACUUCCUCCAUAUCAGCAGAGUUGGUAGAAGCCAACAGUGUAGCUUGGGAACCGAUUGACACUGGUUCUUCAGUCGACUUAAAAGGGAAACAGAAAAGGCGUUAUUUGUAUGUGGAGGAAAUCCUUCAAAGAGAUCAGCCUUUUGAGGUCCAUAGCCACUCCUGUGAACAAGAGGGCAAUGUUAUACAUAGUGCUGGCCAAUGUGCUGGUGCAAACUAUAUGGAAGAAAGCAUUACAAUAUAUUCCAGUGCAGAAAGUAAAGUUGAGGACCUUGAACUAAACAUGUCUCAGGAUUCAAACACUCAGAUCAGCACUGGUUCAUUCUGUAAUGAUAAACGUAGUCGACCUGCAAAAUAUAAUGCAGCAGAGCUCCACCAAGAAAGAAGCCACUGUGGUCUGAAGACGAGGCCAUUGACAGGAAGGCCAAUCCCUAUGUACUUUCAGCCAAAGGAUCCAGAUCUUGAAGCUAAAGCAUUGCAGCUCCACAAAAAUGCAGUUUCAAGUAUUAAUAUACCAACACUCUUUAGAGGUAUUUCCUCUCGAAGGGAUAUUCUAAAGUUCAUGUCUGAAAAUAGCCACCGACAGUGGGAAAAGAAAGAAAGUGCAUGCCGUUUUCAAAGAGCCUGGAAGGCACACAGACACCAGUUAUCCUCUGUCUACAACAGACGACGGAGCAGCAACCUGAAAGAGUGGGUUCAGAUAGUGAAGGAGAAGAAAGAGCUUGAAGACUCUCACUGGCAGGAGAGGAGGAAGAAAAUACAGAAAGUGCUAAGACAUUCCAGGGAAAAAACUGCCAAAAGGCUGAAGAGAGUUGGUCCUCAUCUAGAAGUCUAUGAAGCCUUUCACCCUGUGAGGACUGAGACCAGCUGUCGCGAGUUCUUAAGUGCAACAAUUUGUAUUCAGAAGUUCAUUCGAGGAUGGCUAGUACGAGUCCAACUCAGUAGGGUAAGGGAAAAGGCUGUAAAUCAUGGGCCAUCCCUUUCAGCUGUUGUUAAGCAAUACCGAAGAAUGAUGCAUAGAUUAAAAAGGCGCUUUGGUGUUAUAAAACCAUCUGUCCCGCUAGUGUACAGUGAUCUGGAGGAGUGGCUAGACCGAAAGACAAUGUAUGAAAAGAUGUUUAUAAAAAGGGAGUUUUGGAAGGAGUUGGACAAAUCUGAAUUGCCCAAUUUCUUCAAGAACUGUGCCCAUUUCCCUUCGAAGCAGGACAUUGAACAUACUUGGUCUCUAAUAAAUUAUGGUACCUUUGGGAAGGCAGCUGAAGCAGUAAAAAAGCACCAGGCAGUGGAGAUGGCAUUUACACUUUACCCACCGCACGAAGCAAAACCUUUACUUGGAGCUAUUCGCCAGUCAACAUGGGUCAAUCCUAUUGUGGAUGGAGAGGAAGGAUACAGAUAUUUAGUGUCGGACCAUCCAGUGCUAAAGGAAGCCGACAUCCAUGUUGUUGGAAGAUUGGUUGCUACAUCUAUCAGAGAGAGGAAAGAGAGACUGGCUGUUUCUGACAAUACAAUUAAAAAGGAAGCCCCCUGAACUUUUACAGAUCGUCCCAUUCAAGACUUAAGUAACUUAACCAUGGGUCAGACCAUGGACCAUUGCAUGGAUAGUUCCUAAAUAAGUAUUUGCAGAUAAAGAAACAAAAUAAGAAAAUAAGCAUGCAUACAGUUUUAAUUUCUCCCCAACAAUGCAACCCUAUUGCUGAGGCUGCCCUUUUAAAAUGUUUCCAUAGUAAAAGCAUAGCAAAGUGUAAUAAAGCAAAUAUUGCUGUGUGACAGGGUAGCAUUGCGGGCCCAGAUGGUAUUGGCAGGCAAAGAGACUCAGAGGCAAGGAAGCUGUAGUUAAAGUGCUGCUGCGCAGUUUGAUAAACAAAAAAUAAAUCAAAAGGUUGAACAAACAAAAACACUGCUCACAAAGUUAAAUAAAAAGGUUUAACAAAACAAAUCACAAACACAAUAAACAGGAACAAAAUAACCAACUCACACCACAACAACAACAGCCCCAACAACAGCCCCAGCCCCAGCCCCAGCCCCAGCCCCAGCCCCAGCCCCAGCCCCAGCCCCCGCCCCCAAAUUUCUCCACCAAACAGGAAUUUUCCCCUUUUUUAUACCAUGUGGCUGGAGCCUAAUUAUCAUCAAUAAUUCGAUUAGCUCCAGCCACAUUCUCACAUGUAUUUUGGCAGGGAUAGGAAAUUAACCCCAUCCCUGCCAACCACCACCAAACAACCACAAAAUCAUAUUAUUUACAGGCAGGACGAUGCCCUGCCACAUGCUGGUAUAGUUUUUUUUUUUUUCAUAUGAUCACUGUUCCUGGGACAAGCUUGCAAACUGGGUGCUGAGCUCUUGUCAAAAACAAUAAAUAUUGGGUACUUGGAACAGUAACAUCUCAUUAUAUUCCUUCCUAUUAACACACCUUCUCCCCUGCAACUGACAAUUGCAGGUCGCAAGAUUUAGUUGCAGUCAAAAGAGUGAAGCACCAGGUUAGCCAGAAAGGUCCCAUAACAGGACCAAUUUAUAAAAUGCUAUUAAAUCAAUAGUUUAAAUAUGUUGCAUUUACGUGGUAUUUCUUUAUCAACAUCUUUGUAUCUUACCAGUUUCUUCAUUUGUGAUAUCCACAAGUGAAUUUUAUUUGUAGGCUUUGUUUCUCAUUCUGACAUUUGUAUCUAUAAAGCACAAGCUUGCACUUUACCAAAAAUGAAUGCUUUAUGCAGGCACAGUUAUCAUUACUGAAUAGUUUAAAGUCACAAGACAAUUGUAUUAAUUGUUCCAGAAGAAAAUCUAGCCGUGCUGUGUCGUACCUGCUGGAUGAGCACAUUAUUGCCAUAGCCUAUGCAGAGUUCAUCUUGGAAGUGGCAGCGGGACACACAGAGACAGCCUUCUCCCUGUUCAGUUAGGGUUAUGUGCUCUUUGGAGAUAGAUGUAGGGGCUUUUGUCAGAAACAUUGGCAGCUUUCUAAAUGCCUGUUUUCCUCUGAGCCAGCUCACUGAUGAAAGUCAUCAUUCAUAGGGUGUAGAUGAACUGUCAACGGUCACCAUAGACAGUCAUUGGACUGUGAAGGGUAUGCCUUCAUAACAACCACUGCAGCACCAAGUCAAAGGCAUUGAUUUAAUGAGUUUAAUUUGGAAAAGUCCGCUAGCUAGAUAAAGGUUGAGGUUUGAGAGCAAAGUGACAAUUUAUUUUAGUGCCUGCCUGGAAGGUAUUAAUAAUCUAAUUUCGAGUGCAUUUAAUUAUUAUAGCAGCCGUAUUCUAAUGAUGUCCCUUAAGCAACCCUAUGCUGAUAGCUUUAAUGUUGAAGUACUUGUAGUGUACAUAAAAAGGUUACAUAUGCAGCUAAUUUCACAGACCCCGAUCAGCACCAGUCAUUGACUGCUUUACAAAAGGUUUCCACGCAACUUAGAAAGCCGAUACCCUCUCUCCACCAUCAUGAUUUCUGUGACAUAGCACGCACAUACCAUGCACAUUCCACACGCUAUAGAAAGUGUGUGUCAAACAUUGUACAACUUUAAAUGUGGAUAAAUCGCCUUCUCAUGGAGGCUGUGGUGAUUUCUUUCUUUCAUAAACUAGGUUUAAAGCCUAAUGGCAUGCUAUCCUGUGUGUUACUGACAUACUUAUGACAGAAUAGAUCCUGUGUUGUAUAUAUUCUGUGUUGUAUAUAUUUAGUCCAGUUUGGCUAAAUGACAACCGAUUCAACUGAUCCAAAGUACUCCAAACUAUUCUGUUCUGUGUGAAUCAGGGGGUAGCCAGACACUGCCUCUUUCUGAAUCCCCAACCAUUUUAAGUGGCACACAAAUAGAGCUUCUAGAUUGAUUAAUUGAUCUUGUAAUAUGUGUGUCUUUAAUCAUGAGGAUUAAUUUGUAAGGACUGAAGCAUUAUUUCCAAUAUGCAUGAACAAGAUUAAGGACUGGUCUUUGGAUAAAAAUAAACAUUGUGAGUGAAAUACAUUAAGAGAUAGAUGGAUAAUCCCGUUUCUGUUAUUUUCUUUAUGGAUUAUGUAGCAUGACAAGUAUAUCGUUGUGGCAAAGUGGUAAGUGGUACGUGCAGGUGCAGGGGUGAUGCAGUGCAGUAAUGAAACACAGAGAGUUAUAAUCCGGUUCAGAAAUAGUUUUUAUUUAUAUCCAGGUCUGGUGACCAAAUAAUAAACCCCUGGCAAUACACAACAAUGUGUAGUGCACGGAGAAUAUAACAACAGGGGUGCAGUCCUAAAUAAUAAACACAGAUAUCCGUCCCACAAUAUUUAGUGACAGUGGUGAAGUGAUGUUCCGGUUCAGUGCUGGCCCUUGGCGACAGCUCCGGAAACGUGUUUUAUGUACAACAAUGUACAAGACAAGACAAGAUGAUUACAAACAAACAAAACACAACACUCACAUCCCUGUACUAUUUUACCGUCCUUUUCGGUUCUACUCACAAAACCAAGCGAAGGAACCGAUUACGAUUCUCCGUCCCCCUUAUAUGCUGUCACGCAUGACCCCUUGGUAAACGAAUGCAGCUGCCUUUACAAUCUGCGGCUGCUACAUUGUUUUCCUUCAGGGUCAAUACGAAUCUCGCCUUCUUCCAGACUGACCAACUUCCCGACCCGGGGAAAGAACUGUCAGGCCAGCCCGUCCAAAGAACUUGGUCCUCGCUACUUAGCGCCCUCACAGGUCGGGAGGGAGUUUUACAACCAAGAUUGAUUAUAUUUCUGUCACAAUCGUAUAUUAAGUUCAUUAGAAGGCAGUAAAAAAAUGGUUAGGUGUUUCAAAGAUAUAUCACAAAUCACAAGACCAAAGGUUGCACUGUUUAGUCAUUUAAAGCCUUGGGGCUUUUUUUACUGUCUUAGUGUUGGGUCAGUACUUCUGAAAUUAGGAAGCAGAAAUAAUUUACAAUGGAGAUAUUUUAGGCUUAUGGUUUGCUUUUAUCAACUGCUGAAAGUUUUAACACAACUAAAGAGUGACAGCUAGUACAAAUAAUAAUUGGGCAUUUUUGAUAUUGUAUUUGUUGUGUGAUAAUUGAACUGGUGUGGUGCACAAGGCUCAAUAUAUGAAGGACCAAAAUCAUGCCAAACCUUGUACAGAAAAAUUGUACACCUCUUCUAUUACACUGUUAAUAGAGUUUAGGAUCAUUUAUUCUACAUGUAGGUGACAAGCUUGUUAGAUACAGAAUUCCUCCAAAAAAGGACCUGCUUUAUUCCCAUCAUAGCUGAAACUAGCAAAAGGGAGAUGCAGCUUUCAUAUAUUAGAGAAUAUAUGUCAGGGAACCCAUUUGCAUACAAAAAGUAUUUUAUUCAAUAGUAAACAGCGCCAGCUGUGUAGAGAUUUUUUAAAACUUUCUAUGUAUAUAAUAUCAUAGUUAUGUAUGUACAUUUCUAAAAUAUAAUAAUGCUUUUUUAUUCUCAGCACACUUUCAUGCUGAUGCGCUGGGGAGACCGCACUGUGGUUGAUCCCUGGAGCCAGCAUCGCAGCCGUUGUGUGUGCUGAUGCGCUGUGGAGGCAAAAUGAGCUGAUCCCUGGAGCCAGCAUUACACUUCAGCCAUCAACACCAGGCAGAAGGAUAUCUACAUCAUCAUAUGGAAGGAAACACAAAUGGAUGGAGACACAGAUGGAUCACAUUAGUUUACAGUAAAGCUAUGUCUUAGUUGCUUUACAGUAAUAUGAACACAGAGUUGGCUUGAUUUAUUAUUCUCUGCCUCAAGAGCAAACAAUAGGAUUCUUUCUUUUUUAAGGAACUAAAACCUCUUAGAGUUUUAUUUUUCUAAAACCACCAUUGUUUUCAAUCAAAGAAUGACAAUACUGCAGGAAUAUUUUCCAUUUCAAAUGAAUGGUAUUUUAAAAAAAGAAUGUAAUAGUGCAGUAAAUACAGCAGUGCAUUACGGUAAAUAUCUAAAAUAUAUACAUGAUGUUUCAUUUAGUUGGUGCUACGGUAGAUACGAAUAGACCGCUAUCUAUUUUUUUUAUUAGUUUACUAAUGUCCUUUAUCCAUUUACCACCACAGCCUGCUUCAAAACUUAUUAAGUAGAUUUUCAGUAAAUCUACUCACUUUUAUCAACUUACAAAUUGUAAAUCUGCUUUAUUUUUGUAUUUCAUCAUAAAUGUAAUAUUCUGUUUUUGCUCUAUUAAGUUUUUUUUGCUUGUAGCACUCCUUUAAAAAAAUAUCCUUUAAAGUCCUUUAAAAAAUAUAUUAGUUAUAGAUUAUAAUGAACUCUAACAACUUUUCAGAAACACCUUCAUUUUCAUUAAGUUUAUGCAUCAUCCCACACCACAUACAAUGUUCUUAGAAUUACUUAUUUCUCUACACUUUAAGCCCAAAGAUUCCUCCAAAUAGGGUGUUUUCCUCAACAAAACACUUUUUACUGUCUGUUUAUUUUAAGACGUGAAACCAUUUUAUGGGGAUAGGUUUCAAGAGUAAGUACGCUUAUGGUAAAAACUUCUUUUGCUGAAACAGACUGAUCAACAAUGGACGGAUUAAACAAUUAGCAUGAUUGUGGGACACUGCAGCUUUAAGUACUAAAAAUCAUCUCUAGUUUGUGUAAUUGUUAUACUUGCUGUCCCGUCUCUGUUCCACUGUGAAUGACUCUCAGUGGUCCCUUAGUAGGCUACUGUAGUUUCACUGUCGGUCAUUUCAUCCUGUUCUGACAGAUCUCGUUAACUGAAGCAGCGAUAGAAUGUUUUCAUUCUUUUAAAUGACUGUCAAUCAUCAAGACCUGCACCGACUUUGCACUUUCAUUUGCCAGCUAAAGUGACUGUCAUUUAAAGCCCCUACUUUGAAAUUAGUGGGUUACGGUGUAGGUAAGUUGUUGCGAUAGGUAUACAGUGACAGUUACUAGUUUGAAAAUGGGGCGUAAGAGGAAAACACUUAAUGAGUAUUGUGCACAAUACCCUGAGCGAUGGCUGAAGUCUCCGUGGCAGGACGAAGCGACCUCAUCUGCCUUGCCUUCCAGUGACUCUGAGUCCAGCUGCGUUGAAGUAGGAGAGGGGUGGAGCUCAGACUCCGAAUAAUACGUGCAAGUUAGUUCUGUUCAACUAUCUAAUGUUUUGUUCUGUGCAUAUUAUUUUUAUUUAUAGAUGUAUGCUAUAAAAGUCUGUAAUACACUUUUAUAUGCUGUGUUUUCUAUGGUUUGAGACAAUUUUUUAAUUUGUGUAGGAUCUUUUUUUCAAGGUAUAGCUCCACUGUGACCAAAAGUUAUUUCAAUUAGAAUGUUGGUAACCACGGUUAUGUAUUAUCCCGAUUUGUAUUGAAAGCCUUCAUCUGAUUUUGCAAACUAUCAUAAUAAGCUUGAUCCGUUCAUUUAGUAUAUUGUAACGUUUUCAUGUUUAGGAAGUAGUAUUCAGGGAGACGGUGAAUUCUCAAAAUGUUUGUUUUAUUUGAAACUACAGGGAAUUCCUGUCGGGCCGGAAUUCAUAGCACCAAAAUAAUAACCCUACGUUUUAGUCUUGACACUUUCACUGCAUAUUCUCUCUGGUCACAGCUCAUACGCUCGCUCAGUCGCACCCACAGUUUCUCAUUCAAGUUCAGUGCUGGACUGUCUCCAGUCCCCAGGCUAAUGCACCUCCUUAUUAUAUAACCUCCCGUCGUUUCCCGCCGCUGUUCGGCUCAUCAACCAGUCACAUCCAUGCACUGCAACCCCCGAAAACAGCAGCACACAUUCUCCCCACUCAUUCACUCACUCCCCCUUCCCAUGCUAAGUAACUGCGUGACCCGUUCCCCUUACAAUACA